AUUGCCAAUCUCACAUCUCUUGAGUAUGUUGAUUUUAGUAAUAACAGAUUUGAAGGUUCAUUCUCAUUAAGCUUGUUCUCCAAUCAUACAAAGCUUGAGGUAGUUAGAUUCGUGUCCAACAAUAACAAAUUCGAGGUUGAAACGGAAGAGCCUAUAGGUUGGAUUCCAAUGUUCCAAUUGAAGGUUCUUGUGCUAUCUAGUUGCAAUAUAAAAAGGCCUAAAGGAAGUGUCGUUCCCAGGUUUCUACUUCACCAACGCAUGUUGCACUUCAUAGACCUAUCUCACAACUCCUUGGUGGGAAAUUUUCCAAAUCGGUUAAUUGAAAAUAAUACAAUGCUAGAAGUUCUCAAUCUAAGGAAUAACUCUCUUACUGGUAUUAUGUGUAUGCCACGGUAUAGGAAUGCUAACACGAGGUGGUUGGAUGUGUCUGAAAAUCACAUGAAUGGUACUAUUCCGGCUGACAUACAAAAGUUCCUUCCCAGUAUAGAAUAUUUAAAUUUGUCAAGCAAUUCCUUAGAUGGCGUUAUCUCAUCUUCGAUUGGUGAUAUGAGACAAAUAUUCGUAUUGGAUUUAUCAGACAAUGAGUUCUCUGGAGAAGUACCCAAGGCAUUGUUUUCAAAUAUCAGUUCCUUAGGUAUAUUGAAACUAUCAAAGAACAAAUUACGUGGCGAGGUACUUUCAGGAAACUUAAGCUUGGGUAACAUUGAGAAGCUUGGUUUCGAUAACAAUAAUUUCACAGGGAAAAUUGGAAAUUGGACCUUCGAGAAUAAUUAUAUGAAGAGUUUGGAUAUUAGCAAUAAUCUUUUCACAGGUACGAUCCCCCGUUGGAUUAGUGACAUGAUGAGCUACAAUUUUGAACUUAUAGUGAGCAAUAAUGGGUUUGAAGGCCCGUUUCCUUGUGGAAAAACUUCAUUCUCGUUUCUCGAUAUCUCAUAUAAUUAUUUCUCAGGCCYGAUCCCAUCUUGCUUAGAUUUCCAAGCGAUGACAMAUCUUCAUUUGGGUUCUAACAGAUUCAUUGGACCUAUACCCAAUGCCUUUCACAAUUUGACUAGUGUUUUAACUUUGGAUAUAGGUUACAACUCCUUGUCAGGAAGGAUACCCGAAUUUCUUGGUAAUCUAUCCUAUUUAAGGAUUCUUAUUUUGAGAAAAAAUAAUUUUAGUGGUUCUAUUCCGAAACCAUUGUGCCAGUUAAGUAAUGUGAAUUUGAUAGACUUAUCGAGUAACUCUCUUUCUGGUUCAAUACCGAGCUGCCUACAAAAGAUUAUGACCUCUGUUUACCCUGCUUUCGGACUAACAAUGCAAARUUCAUACAGUAUGCCACUAUCUUAUGCCUAUCAGAGGGUUAUAUAUGACAUAAACUUUGACGAUUUUAGUCCGAUAUCAUUUGAAGCACAAGAUGAGGUUGACUUCACAACAAAAGCUUUUUCUCACCCUUACAAAGGUAGCAUCCUUGAUUUGUUGACGGGAUUGGAUCUAUCUUGUAACAAACUAACUGGUAAGAUCCCAAAAGAACUAGGGUCGUUGAACCGGAUUUACUCUUUGAACCUGUCUCACAAUCAGUUGACUGGAACCAUUCCAAUGCAGUUCUCAAAUCUUGAGAAGAUAGAGAGUUUGGACCUUUCUUCAAAUUGGUUGAGUGGCGAAGUUCCACCACAAUUGAUUAAGCUUACUUUUCUAGCCUUUUUCAAUGUUUCUCACAACAAUCUAUCGGGUAGACUCCCUGAAAUGAAAGCACAAUUUGGUACCUUUACCAAGGCGAGCUAUGAAGGGAAUCCACUUCUUUGUGGACCACCACUCGAUAAGAAAUGCAUGACUACAUCAUAUGUGACCGAUCAAUCGACUAAAGAUGGCAGUGAUAAAUGGUAUGAUAUCGAUAUGGCAUCCUUCUAUGGAAGUUCUGGUUCG